ACGUUAAACCGUUUGGAAUUGAUGGACCAUCCUUUACAAAUUUAGACUUUAAAGACUCGGCUUACUUUAAAGCAAACUACAGAAUUCAGAAUAGUGAAAAGGAUUUACGAAGAAUAACAAUACGAACCAAUCAUACUUGA